AUGAUGCACAGCUCCUUCACCUCCACCGCGGAUGAUGCAUCCGACGGAUGCAAGUGGCUGGGUGCAUGGGAGCACCCCAAGCACCCGGAGCACAGGAACCUUUCUCAAGAGCGGAGUUUUGUUCCCGGCGCUCGCGUGCGUCGCCGCGCUUUUCCCGCGCUGGCGCGCGCGCUCUACGUCGUCACCUCGCUCCCGUCCCUCGCCUUCGUCGCCGCCGUCGUGCCCUUCGUCUCCGAGUCCCCGCGGUGGUACCUCGUGCGCCGCCGGGCCGAUGACGCCAUGCGCGUCCUCCGCGCCAUCGCCGCCGCCAACGGGAGGACCGUCCCCGACGACGACGUCACGCUCAAGCUCGACGACGAGGACGAGGAAGGGACGAAGGGCGUCGAUGAUGAGUCGGCGAACUCUUCGUCGUCUUCGGGAUCCAUCGUCGACGUGUUCCGGUCGCGUACCACGCGGGCCCGCAUCGUGCUCUCGGUGCUCAUCAACCUCCUGGCGUCGGUAGUGUACUACGGCCUCAGCCUCAACGUGGUCAACCUCAAGACCAACCUUUACGUCAGCGUCGUCGUCAACUCGCUCGCCGAGAUGCCCGCCUACCUGCUCACCGCGCUGCUCCUCGACCGGUUCGGGCGGAAGCCGCUCGCUAUCGGCACCAUGCUGCUCAGCGGCAUCUUCUGCACCGCCGGGAGCCUCAUCGCCGGCGCAGGCAUCUUGAGGGUUGUGGCCGCCGUGGGCGUGGGGAAGAAGAAGAAAGAAUGA